AUGGCUCCCGCUGCAAAGAAGGCCUCUGGCGCCACCAAGGCUGCCCCCAAAGCUGCUCACCCGACCUACCAGGACAUGAUCACCGACGCCAUUGUCACCCUCAAGGAGCGCAAUGGAUCUAGCCGCCAGUCGCUCAAGAAGUACGUCAAGCAGAACAACCCCAGCAUCACUGCCACCGACAACAUGUUCGACGCUCUCUUCAACAGGGCGCUGAAGGCUGGUGUCGACAAGGGUGUCUUUGAGCAGCCCAAGGGUCCCUCUGGCGGCACCAAGCUGGCCAAGAAGAAGCCCGCCACCGAGAAGAAGCCCGCUGCUCCCGCCGCCAAGAAGGAGACUACUACCAAGAAGGAGCCUGCCAAGAAGCCUGCUGCGAAGAAGGCCGCCGCACCAAAGAAGGCCACUGCUACCAAGGCCAAGGCUCCUGCAAAGGCCACCAAGGCUGCUGCUGCUCCCAAAAAGGCCGCCCCCAAGAAGGCUGCCGUCAAGCCAGCUGCGCCCGCCAAGGCUGAGAAGCCAGAGACCGUCCUGACCAAGACCAAGUCUGGCCGUGUUGCCAAGGCACAGAAGCCCGCUGCUCCCAAGAAGGCCGCGCCGAAGAAGGCCGCCAAGGCUGCAUAA